AUGCCUGCUCCGGCUGGAACCAAGCGCGUCCGAGGCGUUCAGGUCUACCGCCCUUUCGUCUACGGCACCGAAGCGAUCCCUUUCGACCCCGAGAACAGACCUAAGGAUGCGCCACCCGACCACACGCACAAGUGGAAAGUGUUUGUCCGCGGGAUCAACAACGAAGAUAUAUCCUACUGGCUGAAGAAAGUCCAAUUCAAGUUGCACGAUACAUACGCCAAUAGUGUGAGAAUGAUUGAAGGUCCUCCCUUUGAGGUAGAAGAGACGGGGUGGGGUGAAUUCGAGAUUGCGAUCAAGUUCUACUUUGUCCCGGAAAGCACCGAGAAACCGCAACAGAUCUGGCAUGGCCUCAAGCUACAUCCUUACUAUGGUGACAUUGAGCAGCAAAAGCGCGAUAGAUCGAUGAUUAGCAGCGUUUGUUACGAAGAGGUCUUGUUUAAUGAGCCCGUAGAAGUCUUCUACGAUCUUCUCACGGGCGGUUCCCAAGCAACAAAGUCAAAGACCGGAAAAGGGGCCAAAAGCCAGAUAAAAGCGCCUCCCACUGCAGAGAUACCCAUGAGAAGUAGUGGAGGUAACAAAUUUAGCAGAGAAGAAGAAGGCAAAGAGUUGGAUCGGCUGGGUGAGGCCGUGAAGAAAGUACAAGCGAUGGUGGCGGAAGAGAAAGCCAGGCUGGUAACAGAAGAAGCCAGGCUACAAGAGCUGGAAAAGACGGAAGGAAAGCCCGUCAAAAGAAAGUGA